AUCAUAGUCAUGAUUAUUAUGAAUUUUCCAAAUGGAACUUGGUGCAAUAGGGCUUUUGACAAUAGAAGGUGACAACUUGCAACAUCAACCUUUGGGAUUUAACAGUAGAUGGAAGCCAGUCAUUUAUUACACUAACAAUUUUGCCCUUGAUGUUCUCAACUAACUUUGGUAUACUGUCCCAUAUGUCUGCCACCAGAAUUUUUUCCCCUUUUUUUUUGCUUCAAUUUGUAAGACUAGCUACUGGACUGCCACCCAAGUUACAGACUCUACAGCUCCUUAGGUUCUCAUCAGCCAUGUAUUUUGAUUCUUGUAUUCCACUGUCAAAAGCUAGGUACAGGUACGUAUAUUUAUGAUGUUGAAUCUCGGUGUGUCUCCAUUCUCUAUAUUGAACUCCAAAUAAUGUGAAAAGUCACUUUAGAAGAACCCCACUGUAAUUUUUCCUCAAAAUCUUUUGGAUUCACAUGCUUUGCAGGUAAGUAAUAUCUGAUCUCACAGCAAUCUAGGGAAAGAUGCCAGUUUCUUCAUAGACAUGAGGAUACAGACGAUGUAGUUAGACAUGAAGAUACAAACGAUACAGUUAAGUGUGCUACUAAAUGAACUAUGGAAUAGUGGCAAAGAAUGUGCUAAGGAUCCCAUUGGCUUAAGUCAACAAGUGCUCAAGGAAAUAAAGGAGUGCUGAGGAAAAUGGUUGUAUGUUUGUCUUAAGCUAUGUUUAGUUCGGGAAAGCUUGUGGGAAAAUGAGGUGCAGAUAAUCGAAAUGUUCACCAGGUGCAGCACCAGGUCAAUUUUCAUAGCAAUUUAGAGAAAAGAUAAAUGUCUAUCCGACUUCUUUCAAGUUAUCCAUGCAGAGACAGUUCAUAGAAGUGGAGAUGGGAAUCUGUUGAUUAAAUGCAAUAUUAAAUCAAAAGAAGACAAUGGCGAAUAACGAGCUAAGGAUCCCUCUGAUUCGAACUCCUGGCUCAUCAAGUUUCAUGAAAGCUAGUUUUAAUGGCACAAAUGCAUUCCUGGGAAUUGGUUUUCUAACAAUCCCUUAUGCCCUCUCAAGUGGAGGUUGGUUGAGUUUGGUGCUCUUCUUCUCAAUUGCAGCUAUGACCUUUUACACCGGGCUUUUAAUAGUGCGUUGUAUGGAAGUUGAUCCAUCUAUUUUAAGUUAUUAUGAUAUUGCAGAGCGUGCAUUUGGUAUGAAAGGAAGAAUGAUGGUCAUGUUUAUGAUGAAUGCAGAGAUGUACCUUAUUGCAACAGGGUUUUUGAUAUUAGAAGGUGACAACUUACAAAAGCUUUUUCCAGAGUUCAUGAUCAAACUUGGGGCAUUGACACUAGAUGGAAAACAGUCAUUCGUUAUAAUCACAGGACUACUACUUUCACCAUUAAUGUUGUUAACUGACUUGAGUAUGCUCUCCUAUAUCUCGGCCACUGGAGUAUUCUCUUGCCUUGUCAUUGUCGUCUCCAUCUUUUGUGUUGGUGCAUUCGACGGUGUUGGUUUUCAUGCAAAAGGAAGUGUUCUGUUAAAUCUCGAUACUCUUCCUACAGCAGUUGGCUUAUAUAUUGUUUCAUUUGGUGGACACCCAGUCAUCCCUUCAAUAUACAUGUCUAUGCGAGAUUCCUGCCAGUUCAGUAAGGUCUUGGUGUUUAGUUUUGUUCUGGCAACUCUCAACUACAUGACAAUAGCGAUAUUGGGCUAUCUUAUGUAUGGAGAUGGUGUUGAAUCAGAAAUUACUUUGAAUCUACCAACGAGUAAAGUUAGUGGAAGAGUUGCAAUAUAUACAACUUUACUUAUUCCAGUUACUAGAUAUUCCUUGUUGGUAGCCCCAAUUGCAACUGCCAUUGAAGGUGGACUAUCAGAAAAGUACAAGAAUCAGAAACCGGUGAGAUUGCUCAUAAGAGUAGCAUUGCUGAUCAGUACUGUUAUUGUGGCCUAUGUCUUCCCAUAUUACGAGACCUUGAUGGCCAUUGUUGGGUCAGUUUUUGUUGUUUCGGCUUCUUUUCUGCUCCCAUGCUUGUGCUACUUGAAGAUUUCUGAUCUCAAUUGGAAUUGGAACUGUGAGCAGAUGGGCAUUGUUGGGAUAAUUGUAUUUGGAAUUUUGGCUGGGGUUUUGGGGACUUACUCAUCUAUUUCUGAACUUCUAACAUAAUGCUUGAGAGGGAGAGUACAGCUUUUGUCUUGAGAAGGAGAAGUCAUAACUUUGAAGUUUUGAACUUAGUGUUUGUAGCUUUGAUUCAAACUGUAGCCAAGUUCAAAUAGCCUGGUGAUUGAUUACUGAAUUGACCUCA